CAUCCGUUCCGAGCGCGGUUUCCCAAUCGCUUCCGCUCCGCGCCGCGACGACACACGGCUUGCGCGUUUUUUUCCCCCGUUACAUCCAACACCGCUUUCAUCUUCAUUUUGAUUUUCUUGUUUUCGUUUUUCGCCCACGAGCACUGCAGCACGGCCAUCUCAUUUUACCAGUCAGUCGGGAAAACUAUGCUUACAGUGGCGACAGCGGUGGCGGCGACCACUAUUACAUCGGCAUUGGAAACGGUUGCAUCGGCGGCGGUGGUGGCUGUGGAAAUAACAUCGUUAUAAUAAUAAUAUAACGGCCUGCCUACCUAUACAUUAAUAAUUUUCGUUCAUAAUAUCAAAUCGACAUAUUUUUUUUGUUCUCUUUCGCUCUCGACUCUUCGACAGUGGGCGCGAGUACAGCAGUUGCAGUCGUCGCAUAUAUAGGUAGGUGGCCGCCACCGCAGCUGUAGCGGCGGUCGAUGGCCAAUUUCGGUCGGUUUUACGUGCCGCCGUUCGGGGCCGCCAUGAACGUGGUGUGGGCCGCCGUUAAGGCAUACGUGCCCGAGGACAGUCCAUGUGUGGAAGCCAUCAUGAAACGUCGUGGCGAUCGGGCGGCGGCGGGCGCGGCGUCUGCUGGGACCGGGACCGGGGCGGCGGACGGCGUGGACGCCGAGCGGAACCGGUUGCAGGGCGGCGGCAAGCCGGACACGAAUCCGUUCCGGACCACGUGCAACUCGGAACUUUCGUCGUACGGUGGCGUGGAGAAACGCGAUGGUGGCGUGGACGGCGACGGCGUCACUAAGAGGACGCCGCAAGCGUUCAGCAUGGACGACGGUAGCUUCGAUGAGGACUCGUCAGGCGGCGGAGAGUUCGGUCGCGGCCGGCACAAGAUCGACGAAUGGCAAGCCGCGUGGAACGUCACCAACGCCAUACAGGGGAUGUUUGUGGUAUCACUGCCGUUCGCCGUGCUGCGUGGCGGUUACUGGGCGAUCGUGGCCAUGAUCGGGAUCGCGUACAUAUGCUGUUAUACGGGCAAGAUAUUGGUGGAGUGCCUGUACGAGCUGGACCUGAACACAGGACAGCGGGUCCGAGUCCGCGACUCGUACGUGUCAAUCGCCCGGGAUUGUUUCGGGCCGGUGUGGGGCGCCCGGGCCGUGAACGUGGCCCAGAUGAUCGAGCUGCUGAUGACGUGCAUACUGUACGUGGUGGCGUGCGGUGACCUGAUGGAGGGCACGUUCCCGGACGGCGUGAUCGACACGCGCAGCUGGAUGAUGAUCACUGGUGUGCUGCUCAUACCGCUCGGGUUUCUGAAGCACCUGCAUCACGUGUCGUUACUCAGCUUCUGGUGCACGAUGUCACACAUAGUCAUCAACAUCAUCAUACUGGGCUACUGCGUGCUGGAGCUGCCCGACUGGGGUUGGAGCAAGGUCAAAUGGACCAUCGACGUGGAGAACUUCCCCAUAUCGCUGGGUAUGAUCGUGUUCAGUUACACGUCGCAGAUAUUCUUGCCCACACUCGAGGGCAACCUGUCCGACCGUUCAAAGUUCGACUGGAUGCUGGAGUGGAGCCACAUCGCGGCCGCCAUAUUCAAGUCGUUAUUCGGUUACGUGUGCUUUCUGACGUUCCAGAACGAUACGCAACAGGUGAUUACUAACAACCUGCACUCGCCCGCGUUCAAGGGUCUGGUCAACGUGUUCCUGGUGGUAAAGGUGCUGCUGUCGUACCCGCUGCCGUACUACGCGGCGUGCGAUAUACUCGAGAAGUCCUUCUUCAUCGGGCCACCCGCCACACUAUACCCUAGUAUCUGGCAUGUGGACGGCGAGCUCAAGGUCUGGGGUCUGGCGUUCCGCGUGGCCAUCAUCCUUUGCACCGUGUUCAUGGCCAUAUCCAUACCGCACUUCGCCAUACUGAUGGGCUUCAUCGGCAGCUUCACCGGCACCAUGCUGUCGUUCAUAUGGCCAUGCUAUUUCCACCUCAAGCUGAAAGGUGACUCACUCGAGUGGCGCACCAUUAUGUUCAACUGUUUCGUCAUAUUCCUCGGCUGCCUGUUCGGCGUCAUCGGCGUCUACGACUCCGGCACGGCCAUCAUCAAAGCGUUCCAAAUCGGGUUGCCGUUCUGAGUAUUGGGACGUCCGGCUCCCACGUACCCGUUGUCCCCACGCUCCCUUUCCCCAGCAGAACCCGUAUCCACGACCCACGUACCCACCCAUGCACAAGUUACCCCACUCGUCGUAUGCCCAUCAUCAAAGCCAUAUGAUAUAUUAUUAUUAUAUCUUUAUCCACCGCACUCGCCCGAAUCCGAUCUAUUUGCUAUUAUAAGUGAUCGUGUUAUGAACCCUUCAGUUUAGCAGACGACCAACGCGGGCCGGACUUUCAAACAUUUAAAAAUAUAAUAAUAAUAAUAAAUAGAAUACCUGUUUAUAAUUAAAUUUAACAAUAAACGAACUGUGAAUUCGGAGCGAACAAUAUCGGGCGCAUGUGAUUAGGUUCGAAUAUUUGCAGUUAUUUUCCGUUCGAUUAGGUUCCGUUUGAAAAUCCAUCAGUUCGUAACAUAGUACAUAUCAGUCCAACCAUCGUUAUUUAUUAUUAUAUUAUUAUAACCGUGUGUGCUGUAAUCUAUUACAUUAUAAUAUCACCAUUCGCCAACACUCGUUACGUGCCAAUGACAAUAAUAACAAUACCUACAACUAUGAGUCCUAUUUAUGUCUUCAUUGUUUCGCGCCAAAAACGAUCCGGGUUUCGUAGAUUGAUUCACGUACUCAAAAAACACAAAAAAUCCCGGCACUUUUCACAGACGAUCGUCCGAGAGUAGGGCGCGAAUCACCGCGCGAUGAAUAUCGAAUACCGUGAAUCCUAUAUAGCCAAUAGGAUUUUCGGGACUCGGCUUGUAUAAUUUGUUGUCUGAAUUUUAUUGUUUACUCGCCUAUAAUCCACAAAUGCGUUGUUGUUAUUGUAACACACACGAUUGAUAUGGAUCCAGAAUAUCAAUCAUUGUUGUUGUUCAGUUGUUGUAUUAUGUUUUGAAGGAAUGAAAGAAAAAAA